CAUUACAUUGUGUUGGCCAGCAGAGGGCACAGCAGCAUGACAUGGCAACAAAACGGAAACGGCGGGCAUCUGUCCGGCGUCCUGUCUUUCUCAUCCGACAUUUAGUAGAAGAAGGCCGCAGUCGAAAUGGGUCGACGUCCGGCAAGAUGUUAUCGCUAUUGCAAAAACAAGCCAUACCCUAAGUCACGGUUCUGUCGUGGUGUACCCGACCCGAAGAUCCGAAUCUUCGAUUUGGGCAGGAAGAAGGCCACCGUUGAGGACUUCCCGCUCUGCGUCCAUCUGGUCUCUGACGAAUAUGAACAGCUCAGUUCGGAAGCCUUGGAGGCAGGUCGCAUUUGCUGCAACAAGUACUUGGUCAAGCACUGCGGCAAAGAUCAAUUCCACAUUCGUAUGCGGCUUCAUCCAUUCCACGUUAUUCGCAUCAACAAGAUGUUAUCGUGCGCCGGAGCUGAUAGGCUCCAAACUGGAAUGAGAGGUGCCUUCGGCAAACCACAAGGUACCGUUGCACGUGUUCACAUCGGCCAGCCAAUCAUGUCUGUCCGUGCCAGUGAUCGUUUCAAGGCUCAAGUUAUCGAGGCUUUGCGUCGUGCCAAGUUCAAGUUCCCAGGACGUCAAAAGAUCUUCGUUUCAAAACGCUGGGGAUUCACAAAAUACGAUCGCGAUCAAUAUGAGAAGCUUCGCGAUGAGGGCCGUCUUGCUCCUGAUGGCUGCAACGUGAAAUACAGGCCCGAACAUGGUCCUAUGGAGGCUUGGGAACGUGUGCAACGUGACAUUCAUGAAGCUGCAUAA